CGAAUAAGCAGGCUAAACACUGGUAAAGGAUUUGGAUUUGCUAUUGCACUCAAGUCACGGGGCGGCGAUGCAUGCUGAGGUUUUACAGAAACCUAUCCAGACCAGCAACACGGAGACUUCAGAGUGGUAGAGCAGCGGGGCUGGCCGAAAUUAUCACACAAUGCUGGGAGGUUUAUUGUCAAGGUUAUAGAGAUGGGCCGCCGACCAUGUUGCUAGGGCGACCAUGGGCAGCGUCACUCUACGUUACUUCUGCUAUGGCUGCUUCUUCACCUCCGUGACGUGGUCCAUCCUCCUCUUCCUCUACUUCAGCCUGGGCCAGGACAGCCAGGUCUCACUGCACCAUGUGCCCGUCCAGGGGCCUCAGUCACACCGGCUCCAGCCACGCUACACCCGCGGCCCCGGGGUCCAGCAGCGGCGCGACCGCAACAAGGGCGCCGCCGGUGGACACCGCGAGGGGGGGAAGGGAGGCACCAACGCCUGGAAGGCGGCCGACCUCUCGCCAGAGAUGGGGAUGAUCUUUAACGAGCAAGAUCAGGAAGUGCGGGACAUGGGCUACCACAAGCACGCCUUCAACGUGCUCAUCAGUAAUCGCCUGGGUUACCACAGGGACCUGCCCGACACCAGGAAUGACAAAUGUAAAGAGCGCUCCUAUCCCAUCGCCCUGCCGGCGGCCAGCGUGGUCAUCUGCUUCUUCAACGAGGCGCUUUCGGCCCUGCUGCGCACGGUGCACAGUGUGCUGGACCGCACGCCCGCCUACCUCCUGCACGAGAUCAUCCUGGUGGACGACAACAGCGAGCUUGCUGACCUGAAGGAGGAUCUGGACACGUACCUACAGCAGCAUCUGAAGGGCAAGGUGAAGCUGGUGAGGAAUGAGAAGCGAGAGGGCCUCAUCAGGGGCAGGAUGAUCGGAGCCUCCCAUGCCACAGGCGAGGUGCUGGUGUUCCUGGACAGCCACUGCGAGGUGAACGAGGCCUGGCUACAGCCGCUGCUGGCGCCCAUCAAGGAGAACCGCCACACGGUGGUGUGCCCCGUCAUCGACAUCAUCAGCGCCGACACGCUGGUCUACAGCCCUUCGCCCAUAGUGCGCGGCGGCUUCAACUGGGGGCUGCACUUCAAGUGGGACCCUGUACCUGCCGCCGAGCUCAGCGGCCCUGACGCUCCCUUCAGGUCUCCUACCAUGGCAGGGGGGUUGUUUGCGAUGGACCGCCGCUACUUCAACGAACUGGGCCAGUACGACAGCGGCAUGGACAUCUGGGGAGGAGAGAACCUGGAGAUCUCAUUCAGGAUCUGGAUGUGUGGGGGGCAGCUGCUGAUUAUCCCCUGCUCGCGGGUGGGCCACAUCUUCCGCAAGAGACGGCCGUACGGCUCCCCCGGGGGUCAGGACACCAUGGCCCACAACUCCCUGAGGUUGGCACACGUCUGGAUGGACGACUACAAGGAGCAGUACUUUGCCCUGCGCCCCGAGCUGCGUAACCGCGACUACGGCGACAUCGGCGAGCGCGUGGCGCUGCGCAAGCGACUGCAGUGCCACAGCUUCAAGUGGUACCUGGACAACAUCUACCCCGAGAUGCAGCUCAGCGCCCGCAACAAGCCCCAGCAGCCCGUCUUCGUCAACAAGGGCAUGAAGAGGCCCACGGUCCUGCAGAAGGGACGGCUGCGGAGCCUUCUGGCUGACAAGUGUCUGGUGGCGCAGGGCAGACCCACCCAGAAGGGAGGAGCGGUGGUGGUCAGAGAGUGUGACCCACUGGACAGAGAACAGGAGUGGUCGUACGACGAGGAGCACGAGCUGAUCCUGGCGGGGCUGCUUUGUUUGGACAUGUCUGAGAUCCGCUCCUCGGACCCACCUCGUCUCAUGAAGUGCCACGGCUCAGGAGGCUCACAGCAGUGGACUCUGGGGAAGAGUAACCGUCUGUACCAGGUGUCUGUGGGCCAGUGUCUGGCCGUGCUGGACCCGCUCAGCCCCAAGGGCUACGUGGGCAUGGCCAUCUGCGACGGAUCACGGGCGCAACAGUGGCAGCUGGAAGGGUGAGGUGGCCAUGCAUGCACACUGGGCGCGCGCAUGCGCCACAUGGCCAGAGGUACCAGCAGACGCAUAGCGUCCCCCCCUGCAGUCUGGAGGAGGAAGGCGCGACGCUGGCCAAGAGAAGACAGAGAUAAAGAGAGCAUGCACGUGAGCGAGAGAGAGAGGUGCAGGGGACACACACACACACACACACAC